AUGCCAGUGACAGGCCCAGCUGUCAGGGACAAGCCAAAAAGAUGCCAGGAACAAGCCCAGCUGUCAGGGACAAGUCCAGCUGUCAAGGACAAGCCAAGAAGAUGCCAGGAACAAGUCCAGCUGUCAAGGACAAGCCAAGAAGAUGUCAGGGACAGGCCCAGCUGUCAGGGACAAGCCAAACCGGUGCCAGGAACAAGCCCAGCUGUCAGGGACAAGCCAAGAAGGUGCCAGGAACAAGCCCAGCUGUCAGGGACAAGUCCAGCUGUCAAGGACAAGCCAAGAAGAUGCCAGGGAAAGGCCCCGCUGUCAGGGACAAGCCAAAAAGAUGCCAGGGACAAGCCCAGCUGGACAAGCCAAAACGAUGCCAGGGACAAGCCCAGCUGUCAGAGACAAGCCAAGAAGAUGCCAGGGACAAGCCCAGUUGUCAGGGACAAGUCCAGCUGUCAGGGACAAGUCAAGAAGAUGCCAGGGAAAGGCCCCGCUGUCAGGGACAAGCCAAAAAGAUGCCAGGGACAAGCCCAGCUGUCAGGGACAAGUCCAGCUGUCAAGGACAAGCCCCGCUGUCAAGGACAAGCCCCGUUGUCAGGGACAAGCCAAGAAUGUGCCAGGAACAAGCCCAGCUGUCAGGGACAAGUCCAGCUGUCAAGGACAAGCCAAGAAGAUGCCAGGGACAAGCCCCGCUGUCAGGGACAAGCCAAGAAGGUGCCAGGAACAAGUCCAGCUGUCAGGGACAAGCCAAGAAGGUGCCAGGAACAAGCCCAGCUGUCAGGGACAAGUCCAGCUGUCAGGGACAAGCCAAAAGAUGCCAGGGACAAGCCCCGAUGUCAGGGACAAGCCAAGAAGGUGCCAGGGACAAGCCCAGCUGUCAGGGUCAAGUACAGCUGUCAGGGACAAGCCAAUAAGGUGCCAGGGACAAGCCCAGCUGUCAGGGACAAGCCAAGAAGGUGCCAGGAACAAGCCCAGCUGUCAGGGACAAGCCAAGAAGAUGCCAGGGACAAGCCUCGCUGUCAGGGACAAGCCAAGAAGAUGCAAGGGACAAGCCCAGCUGUCAGGGACAAGUCCAGCUGCCAGAAACAAGCACAGCCGCCAGGGACAAGCCAAGAAGAUGCCAGGGACAAGACCAGCUGUCAGGGACAAUCCAAGAAGAUACCAGGGACAAGCCCAGCUGUCAGGGACAAGUCCAGCUGCCAGGAACAAGCACAGCUGCCAGGGACAAGCCAAGAAGAUGCCAGGGACGAGCAAAGCUGCCAGGGAGAAGCCCGGCUGUCUGGGACAAGCCCAGCUGCCAGGGACAAGCUAAGCUGCUAG